UACUUUUAUGGCGAUCACUUCGUCCGUUUAAAUUAUAAUUUCUUCGAAAUGUUUAUUUUAUAACCGAAAUGAUUGAAAAUUUAAUAUUAUAUUAUGUGUUUUGUUGUUGCUUAGCGUUUGUUCCGGAUCGGCAAAGAGAGAAUCAUAAGCCUGAAGUAAGUCUGAAUGCGAUAGUAUUUACAGGAAGUAAUGAAAGAACAUUGAAACCUGGAGAUAAUUUAAAAGAACGUUUUAAGAGAGACGGUGGAUAUUCCAGUGGAACACUAACUGAUAAACUUCCAAAAGAACCGACAACGAAUACGACAGUGUCGAUAACUGCUGAACCUACAGAAAAACCGACAACAAAUACGAAAGUGUCGAUAACUGAUGAACCUACAGAAGAACCGACAACAAAUACGACAGUGUCGAUAACUGACGAACCUACAAAAGAACUGACAACAAAUAUGACAGUGUCGAUAACUGAUGAACCUACAGAAGAACCAACAACAAAUACGUCGGUGUCGAUAACUGAUGAAUCUACAGAAGAACCGACAACAAAUACAACGGUGUCGAUAACUGAUGAACCUACAGAAGAACCAACAACAAAUACGACGCUGUCGAUAACUGAUGAACCUACAGAAGAAUUGACAACAAAUACUACAGUGUCAAUAACUGAUGAAUCUACAGAAGAAUUAACAACAAAUACGACGCUGUCGAUAACUGAUGAACGUACAGAAGAACCGACAACAAAUACGACAGUGUCGAUAACUUCAGCUACUUCACCAGAUGCAAUAAAGAGUACGACAGAGUCGACAACUUCGAAAACUUCACCAGAUGCAGUGACAAGUACGACAGAGUCGACAACUUCGAAAACUUCACCAGAUGUAGUGAAAAGUACGACAGAGUCGACAACUUCGAAAACUUCACCAGAUGUAGUGAAAAGUACGACAGAGUCGACAACUUCGAAAACUUCACCAGAUGUAGUGAAAAGUACGACAGAGUCGACAACUUCUAAAACUUCACCAGAUGCAGUGACAAGUACGACAGAGUCGACAAAUCUUUGUGAAACAAUUGAAAAUGAAACUAAAAUGACAUGGAAUGAAUUUUGCAUGAAAAUUAAAGCAAAAUGCAAAGUAGAAUCAAAAAAUAUCACAUGUGACUGUGUACAUAAAGAUUAUUAUUUUGACAGCAACGAAAGAAGAUGUCGAAUUAAAGAUCAAUGCAAUAAAGAAGUUUGUGGUGAUGGUGCUAACUGUAUACAUAUUAAAGAUACUUACGCAAUCGAAUGCAGUUGCACUGAGGAACAAUAUUAUGAUUAUUCAGAGAAUAAGUGCUUAAAUAAAAAUAAAUGUUUAGGUAAAGUAUGUAAUGCAUUUAAAGAAUGUGAAGAAGGUGAAUGCAAGUGUAUGGAGGAAUUAAAAGACGAUGGCACAAACUGCGUUGUGAAUGAAAAUAAAUGUAAAGAACUUUAUGGGGAAUACGCCGUAUGCAAUGUAAAAGCUGAUUCAUUCGGUAGACCUUCAUACAGUUUUGAUUGUGGUAAAGGUUAUUACUUACAUCCGAGUUCGAAAAAAUGUGUCGAAAUUAAAGAAAACUAUUGCAAAAUGGGAGAUACGUCAUGUCAACAGACAUGUACCAUAGAGAAUGAAAAGCAGAAAUGCGGUUGUUUCAAAGAGUUUACAUUGAAUUCAGAUAAUAAAACUUGCGGUAUGUAGA